AACAACAAGUAAUUAUUUCUGAUCAUACACAUCUUAUCUCUACUUUCUAUUAAACAAUUCUUGUCGCUACAAUUAUAUUUCUGGUAUCGUGUUCAUCGACUUGAAAAUGAGGAAAUGUCUCAUUACAUUAAAUAUGAAAGGGUACAUUAUUUAUAAUAAAAGGAAAUGUUAAGGUAAAAAUAUUCGAGUUAUAGCGAAAAACAAGUGAGCAUUCCUGCAUUCUAUCUCUAGAUCUCAAGAUCCCGAAAGAUUCCCAAAAUUCCUAAGCCCCCGUAUUCCUAUUAACUAACGUUAUUCCCAGUUUCGAAUAAACGUGUCUGUAAUAAGGCAAAUCGGUAAUUCUUGGCACGAAGCCGUACGUUGGGUAAAUCCUCUUAAAUUGAAAGAGGAAUAAUCUGGAGUCCAGCGACGUCGACUUAUGCGUAACCAAACACGAUAAUCUCGCAGUAGCAUAAUCGUGAAAGGUGAGGAUCGACGAAAAGUUGUCCUUUGAACUUUACCUUUCAACAUGGCUCGAUAGGAAUGCAUCGACGUCGAAAUGGGAUGCACCUCGAUAAAACGAGGAACGACGUCUGAAAGCUUCAGGCAUCGGCCACAGACGGAACUUAUUCCACAGUUUCGCAACGACUGGUAUUGCGUAUCGAAAGACUAAAGUUUUCGUGUUAACCAACCGACUGGCCACGAAUCGAUUCCGACAACCUGUACGGCUGAUCGACUCGAAGGACGAGCGAAAAGUGUCCGGGUAAUUUCAUGCGAACACGUUGUCGAAUCACAGAACUACGGGGUGAAUAGUAAAUGGGGAUAGAGCUCUGCACUUCGAUUCGCGAUUAAAACGUUCUCUGUUGUUGGUUGACGGUCAUCGAGCAUGCAGGCUAUAGCUAAUUUGAUCAAACACUCGGGAAACUUUCAGGGUCUAUAACUUCGUGAAAUAGUAACGACAGGUUCAUUCAUGCAUUUUGCAAUUGCAAGACGUUCCAAAAAUUCGGAAGUUAUAAACCCUGACAUCGAUUUCCAUAAGUUUCAUGCGAAAACUUCCAAAUAUUAAUAUAUCAGAAUGCUGCGAAUGUUGGUCUACCAAAAACGUUUUAGUACACGAUAUUAAGAGAUCUCCCGAGAGAUGCCUCGAGUCAUUAAAUCGACCUGGUAAAAACGUGGAACUCUCCAGACAGUACUCGGUAAUUCGUUUAGAAUACGGAAUUUAAAAGGUUGAAAUUAACGGGAGAUAAAAAUUGAUUUCCCAAAUGCAUUUUCGAAGAGGAUGACUCAUCCUAGGUUCACCCCUGCUCGCACCUUGGCCCUAUUCGUGGCUGUUCGUCCCAGUUCCAGGCGUUCCGUCUGGUUCCACCGUGUUAGGCGUCGCGACGCUCGGCGUCGUGCGCCGCCCGGUUACGUCCUGGACUCACGGCGUGGCGUCGUAGCCAGGCAACGCGCAUAUUAUGACCACCGUAAUAGUUUCAAACGAAACGGUUACGGGAACGGAUCGACACUUUUCCCCCUUGCAUAAGAUCGCGAAGCCACACACCGCACUCGCCGGUUAAUCGAAAACGAUUCCAACCGUGGAUUGUGCAGAUUUUAUGUUGCAUUCAUACGUUUCGAUUGAAAAACAGAGGGGUUUCACGCUGAUUUGCGGUUGAUGUUCAUUCAACAACCCAGGGGGAUGAUCCAGUUUCAGGGAUCAGUUUUAGUUUGAUGUAGGCUGGUAAGAUUUUUAAUUGCGAAAGGUGAUUUAAUUUGCAACGAGUCUUAAGAUCUAGAGUGUAACGUGACAUAGUGGGAUAACCAAAAUUUGUCAAAUCUUUCAAUCAGAAAAUUUUGCUAGCUCGAAGGGUUGAUAAAAUAAUUUUGGAACGUUAUGACAGUGAGAAUAGCAUUGGUGUUUAGGGUAGUCUUUGUCACCUUAAUUUUGUGCCUUCACAGAUAGUUAUGCUAUGUCUGGUAUGUAAAUUUAUAUCUUUAUAUCUUUCCAGUGAUUCAUUCAUAGAUUAAUACUAAUAUGUUUAGAAGUUUUAACACUGUAAUUUAUAUUUUUGUCAAACUUACAUUUUAAUAUCAAAACCUUGAUGGUCUAAUCAAUUAAUCUCUGCAAUUAAGGUGACUUAACGUAUAAAGUACAAUGUGAAUGAGGCUUAAAGCAAGGUGACCACUAAGAAAUACAAAAUUAUGAGGAAGUGUUCACGACAAACUAGAUACGAAGUCGUUUGUAAUUAUAUCUUUCGCGAUACUUUGAUUGCAGCAGAUAGAUAAUCCAGGAAAUACUUGUAUCUAACCUCGGUGAAUAACUGUUGCAAUUUUAUCUUGUUAUUUCUAGCAAAAGUAACCGUUCUAGCUUUAAGAAGAUUGAUCAACUAUUUUUCUUUGCAUGACAUAAUAUCAAUGACACAUUGUCACACAGUGAAAAUGGAUAAGUGUCAGACAUAGCUAAUUUGCAAAUUUAAGUAGUUCAACCUCUUCAGGAAUGAGAAUUAUUCUUUUAACGCCUAACAAAAUUAUUUUUGAGGUCAAGUAGUGACAAGUAGCGACAAAUUCUUUGUCUUUUCGUUUAUUAACCCUCAAAGCUGAAUGCAGUCUAAGUAAACCGAUGCUUUUUAAGAAAUCUUUUUAAGCCUUUUAAGAAUGCCGUCUAUUUCAUUCUUUGUUAAGCUAAAAGUUUCGUCAAUCGAGCAGGCUGGGGCCACAAAUCGAUCGUAUACUCACGAAGGACGUAACAAAUGGCGCAAGAACUAUAGGGUAGUUUCACUCGUUCGAAUAUUUACCGUACCCAGGUAUUUUUACCCAUUUAACGUUUCAAAAACAACUCUAAAAUUCCAGCGGAAAUCGAUAACAAAACUGGUAUUCAAUUUUUAGCAAUGCGUGGUACAGCUAUGGUUAAAAUUUUAUCAUCGCUUCCCAGAUAAAUUACAAAUUUUCACGAUUUUGUAUUCGGUGAUAUUGUUCAGUCACACGUUUAAUAACAGAACAUCGAUAAAUACAAAUUUUCUAUCAUGAUAAAAAUAAAACAAAGUCGUAAACAAGUUUUACACAUAUUUUACGUUUGCAGGAAAAGCUAGAAGUGUGAUGUGUUAAUAACCAGGUGAAAAAUUCAUGUAUCGAAAUCACGAUGAACACAACACCGUUGCUAUUUUAAUACCAUGUCAAGGAGUUAAUUAUUCAUGCUCGUAUUCAAGAAUUGAACCUUAUUUCCCAUUGGGAGAACACGCGCCACAGGAAACUAGGACGUACGGUAUAGUCUUAGAGGGUAUGCGACGAAAACGAGCAUUUCGAUCGAAGAAGCCCAGGGGGACUGAAGGUCGAAUAAUUCGAUGCAAAUUCGUUCGAGAAGGAUCGAGGGCAACGUAGUAUCCGAACGCCGAAUAAAGAUAUUCGAAAAUGUCUCACGAAUCUCCGCAAGUGAAGAGGUCGACAUUUCGGAGAACGAUGAUGGUGUUGGCUGCCGCGGAAGCCACUUCGAGCAAACGUAACAACACGACCAUUUACGAAGACGUGGCCAUCCUUCCAGGAUAUAAUGUCACCACGACAGCAAGUGGAGCAUCCAGUAAGACGAGCCAUUCCGAGACCGAUUUACAUGGGAAUGUUAACAUUCUCCUCGGUGGAGCGAUGCUCAGUGGCGUGAUUAUGGUCGUUUUUCUAAUGUGCUACUGCUGUCAUAAGAGUAUACGGAAGAGUCGACCACAAGAGUAUCCACAAUACUGGAGAACGGAACCGGACGUGCACAGUCUUGAGGUGUUCACCACUGAAGCUCACACAGCCUGUUGCGAGAGGCAAUCAACGGCAGAGGGUAAUCCAGACGAGAGUUCUUACGGUGCCCUAUCGUGUCCUGUAACGCCCAGAUCUGGUCCAGGACCUCCACCCACUUACGACAGCUUGAUCUUCGACCCGAAGAGUUUGCCGGCGUGUAUCGACAAGAAGAUGGACGGUCCUGAAACCCCGGGUACCAUCAUUCCUUCUAUGGUGUCCACUCUGCUGGGAUUGGCGGCUACACCCGUGGAAUGCAACGAGGCCAGCGAACAAGAAACCACCGCAACCGACGAGGGUUUGCCUUCCUACGAGGCUGCAUUAAAGCUCGACUCUAAUGGUUACGUGUAAUCCGACUGAGCUAGUUUUUAAUCGAACGGCCUGCUACGAUUUUACGAUUCCACGAAUCGAUUACAAGGAUCGUUCCCUCCUGGAUGGUUACGACCGCCAUUACCAGGGAAGCGGAAACUGGAGCUAACGUUACUUCCGACUUCUCGGUUUCUUGGUUCUUCGGAUAACGGUGAACGUUUGUGUGUGGUUUUCAGGGAACUUCGGACAAAAGGUCUGUACUGGUGAAAGAUGCUCGAAGAUCUAUUAUGGAGCUGAAUAUGAAAGAUAGACUCAAGUUUUUGGAAUUUCGGGACGAAUGGUUUAACGAACUGUCCCACAAAAACUACAUAGUUCCAAAACUGAACCAAAACUAGAAAAAAAAACUUGUAAAAUUCCAAAGUUGCCUCGUGAUUCGAUUCCCUGAUGAAAAUGCAGGAAACUUAGAUAUUCCUUUGCAGUUUAAGGCUUAGAUAAGCGAGUUAGCACGUUGAUUACCAAGACAAUACGUCAGAAAUUUAAUUGGGUUGAAUAAUUCAGUCACUGCAGCGACGAGCUCGUGUCUUAAGCAAAAGGUGUUCCGAUCUAAAUAUUAGGAAUUGUAAUUAUACUUAUUACAUGUGUAUCUCUCGUGAUUAUACAAUUGAUUCGGCGAGACGGAAUAAUCAUAAAUAUUUAUAUCGAUGAAAUAGAACAUACGGUCGUAAACGUUCACGUGAAUCCAUUAACACGUAGAAUGUUAUUACCGUAAUGUGAGAAAUAUAGUGUGCGAAUUAUGGCAAUAAUAUUUUUACAACGUGCGAACACCGCAUGGAAUAUUACUUUCAAUUUUCCCUUUCCGUUCGAGUGAUCGAAUUCAAUUUAUCUGUGGCGAUCAACGUGUUACUAUUUCUACCGAGUGUUUUUAAAGCAACGAAUAUCUGUUUCCGAUCUUUCGAACAUUUUAGGAACAUGCUUAUUAAAACGUAAUUUGAAACUGCAAAAUUCAUAGCUAAAAUAACGUGUAGAUAUAUUGUACUUUUAGAAUACCGUAAGUGUCUUCAAAUUAUACGUUUCUGACGAAUAUAUUGAGAAGUUAUUUAUUUGAAUAUUGUUGUCAAUGAUAAUAUGGUGUCGAUAAUAUUAUUAUUGCAUUAACUUUGACAAUUACUAGUACUAAGUAAUAAUCGUAGUGUUUGCCAAACCUAUGCCUUCAUUUUUCAAAAAUAAACAAUUCUCACGUUAAUAUGGAAAGUGCUAAUUUCCUACGAUGAAAUCGUGCGAGUCAUGAAGCGUACAGUCAUUAAAAUACGCUGACAUUGACUGUAAUUAACUUUAGAAGGGGAAUUCCCUAGUUUUACUAAUACCACCACGCUAGGUAAUUUUAGGACGUUAAAAAUCGGGGACCUUAAUUUUGCAAAAUUAAAAAUUCGAAGUAAUCUAGUUCCAGUCGUGAUCCCCGCCCUAGUUCCCAUCUAGUUACGCCAAUGAGCGUAGAUAGAAAUCGAUGAUCUUAACCUUCGGCUCGCGAAGGCCACUUUAGCGGUCCUCUACUAUAUCGUUGAUCAGCUUAAAGACCACUUUAGGAGGGCCUGAAUUACAGACUUCGUUUACAGCCGCGGAGCUGAUCAAGUGUCGCGAAUUCGUCUACGUGUUACUUUACCACAUAGGCCUUCGAGCUGAAAAUGCGGUUAAAUUUCAACGAUUUUGCGCCCUAGAACUUGGCAAGAACGUUAGCAACAUUCUUCUGUAAGCGUGAGAAGCUCUAGUUCUCAAAUUUCUAAAUUCUCAAUUACCUUCAAAAGUUUCCAAAUCCCCAAAUUCCUCAAAUCUCCAAAACUCCGAAAUCCCAAACUGGAUUAUCCUCUUCACCUCCACCUUAAUUUAAUUUGUAAUCCUAAACAACGAACUCUGCAAUGUCAGCCACAAUUCGCGAUAACAAACAAAACAGGGUAAGGCAGUUUCAACGCUCUAAGCGGGUAUGCAGAUAGCUUUAUUUGCCGCAAGUAAAUAAUUCAGAAAGCUGUCAACGAAUAUUGCAAACUUAACGUUUAUGUUGGUCUCGUGCUAAUUUUGCACCGAGCCUCAACGAUAAAACGGCUUAAUCUGAAACGCUAUGUUUGUUCGACAUAUAACUCGUCACACAAACGUAUCGACUAAAUUAUUAUUGAAUAAACACUGGCAGUUAAUUCAAUCAAUCGGUCGUUUCGUGUGACAAUUUACGAUCGAAUGCCAAUUAUAAAGAAUUAUUGCUUGAUUAGUCUUAUCUAAACUACUUGUUGAAUUUCAAUAAAAUCUGUCUGCUUAUCGUUCAUUCAUUAUACGUUCAUUUCGGUCAAAAGUA